GCCUCUUCGUGCACGUGAGAUUAGGCUGCUCUUAGCUGCCGGUGAGCGCGAGGACACCGGGGAGAGUGACGACACCCGCCGCCGCUGCCGCUUCUCCUCCGGGAAAAUGUCAGUGACGACCCGAGAAGCUCGGAGCUAACGGACCGGGCGCGAACCGAACCGAGCCGAGCCGAGCCGAAGCGGCUGGAUGUUCACUUUUAAAGUUUCACCUGGGACGGUUCUUUGGAGAUAAUAAUAAUAAUAAUAAUAAUUAAAAAAAAUAAACACCGAGAGGGAGGUGUCAGCUGCCCACCACCUGUUUUGAUUAUUUUAGUCGUUUUUCUGGAGCCAUGUUGUGGACACGGUGGCUCGUCCUGCUGCUUUGCUGGGGGGCCACCAGCUGCGAGCGGCGGGCGGAGGAGGGGGACGCGGCGCGGGGGGAGGUCAGGUCGGACCCCCGCAGGCAGCGCACCCCUCCGCCCGUGGAGCCGCUGGACUUCGGCUUUGUCCCCGCAGCUGUUUAUGACACGCACGCUUAUUACGAGCCUGGGACCAUGGGCAUCCUGUUCCACGUGGUCCACGCGUUUCUCUACGUUGUUCAACCAAACUCCUUCCCCACAGUCUGGGAGUAUUCAUCGCCUACACCGCCAACCAUAAUAUGACCUCUCAGAUUAAAAGCACGCGGCGACUCAUAAACACCAACAUGAGAGACCUGAAGACGUUUGCUAACAACACGCCUGUGCAAAUUGAAUACCUGACAGCUCAGUACACCACUGCAAAGAACAAAGUCCUGUCGGACCUCGACACCUUGCGGGAGACCAAAGAGGCCCUGGAGAAUGUCAGUUCCUCGUUGGAGAUCCUUCAGGAGGGGAUGGGAAAACUUCAGGCCAGUCUUGCAGGGGAGCGCGCCUCUCUGUCCAACACCCUGUCGGACCCAGCCUGCACCAACGGAGCCGUGUCCCACACCUGUAACAGUAUCCGAUCCACGUUGCCCCAGCUUGGAGUCAAUGCUGACUUCUCCAAGCUCCCAGAUGUUGGACACACCUUGACCAACGUCAACACCGUUCUGAAAGUAGACCUCAGCAACAUUGUUCAAAAGGGUUAUGCAUCUUUUAACAACACACCAACACUGGUCAAAGAUCAAACCAAAAACAUUGUGUCAGCACUGCCUCGAGUAAAAGGCAUGCUGGAUAAGAUUGGCAGUGAAAUAAUGGCCUUCUCCAAGAUGUUCCCAGUGGAGGCCUCUCUUGUUAAUUUCACCACUUUUCUGAACGAGCAACACAAGAGCAUAGAGUCAUUUUACCCUCAGAUUGACCAAAUGGAUUUUUACAGGUGGAUAGGUUGUGUGGCGGUGCUCUGCUCGGUCGUCCUGGUUCUGGCCUUCAAUGUACUCGGCCUGCUUUGUGGCUCCUGUGGAUACGACAAGCAAGCUACCCCCACAACCCGCGGCUGCCUGUCUAACACCGGAGGAAACCUGCUGAUGGCUGGGGUGGGGUUCUCGUUUAUCUUCGCCUGGGUGCUGAUGGGCCUUGUGACGACCCUGUUUGUUGUUGGAGGAAAUGUAGAGAAGCUGAUGUGUGAACCUCUGGCCAACCGACAACUAUUCAAGAUCAUUGACUCACCAUUCCUGGUUCAUCCUGAAAAAAGGAAUUUCCUUCCUGGGAUGCUGUUUCAGAAUCCAAACAUCGACUUAACAUUAGGCGCCAUGUAUCGGGAGUGCUACGAGAACAACGGUCUGUAUCACGCUCUGCAGCUGGAGAACAUCUUCAACAUCAACUCCUUCCUGAACAAAACAGUAUACAACAAAGAUCUGGCCAAAGUGUUUGAGGGUGUGCAGGUGGACCUGAAGGACGUGACCCUGUUGGAGCAGGCCGGCAGAGACAACCUCAUCAACUUUGCCAACUCUGGAGUCGGAGAUAUCGACUAUCCUGCUUAUCUGGAUGAGCUGAAUAAGGGAAUGACGGUGGUCGACCUGCUGUCCUUCUGCUCAGACCUGGAGGAGCGUGCCGAUCAACUGGUGAGUCCAGUUACCAUUGAUCAAACUGGUUAA